CACGGAGCAUGUGAAUCAAAAUGAAAACACUGAGUGCCAUCAGACAAACGCUAGAACGAGAGGAAACCGGAGGGAUGCCAAAAAUGCAGGCAAAUGCUAAUACCGAAUCAGUACUAUAGGCUAUAGUGGCUCAUCGGUUGUCUUAUUAGAUCACAGACCAGAUUCUGAAUGCUUCGCCACAGAGGAUGCUAAAACAGUUAUCAGCGCUUCGUGUAAGCAGUGAAAACCACUGAUCUCGAGCUGUCACAACGGUCAAUUGUAGUGGAUGGGAACCUUCUCUGCACCCUCUACCUUCCACAUGACCCCACUCUCCCUGUUUCCUCGGCUCCCAUGAAGAUACAUAACACUCUCUAACACACACUGACAGCAUGGCGUCCACUGCCCAGAUUCUGGAGUUUAAGCUUUCCCCACCCUCUCAGGAUGGGAGUCCAGAGCGUCUGUUCAGCUGUGAUGAGGACAUUGAACGGCGCUAUGAGGUGGUCCCGUCUGUCGUCUGCUCCAUGUGUUGCCUCUUUGGCAUCAUCUACUGCUUCUUCGGGUACCGCUGCUUCAAGGCUGUAAUGUUCCUCACGGGUCUGAUGUUUGGUUCCAUCAUCAUCUUCAUGCUCUGUUAUAAGGAGAGGGUCAUGGAUACUCAGCUCAGUGUUGAGGCCAGCGUGGGCAUCGGCCUGGGCAUUGGCACGUUGUGCGGUUUGGUCACUAUGCUGGUCCGUAGCGUGGGGCUUUUCAUGGUUGGACUUCUCCUGGGUUUACUGGUGGCCCUUGCCUCUCUGGUGGUUCUGGAGGAGUUUUACCACCCGAGGACAGUGUGGCUUCCCCUGGGUGUGCUGCUGGGUUCGGGCAUGCUGUUUGCGGUGCUCACGUUGCAGUGGCAGCGCUGUUUCACCACCCUCUCCACCGCCGUCUUCGGAUCAGCAGUGGUGACUGUGACUGUGGAUUAUUUUGUUGAGCUCUUCUCUUUGACAAGGUAUAUCUAUGAGAGGGUGAAGGUGGAUCCACCUCGCCCAGUGUGUUGGUUCACAUGGGUGAUCAUGGGAGUUUGGCCUGUGCUGGCGCUGCUGGGUGUUCUUAUUCAGUGGAAGGUCACGGCUGAAGGAUAUUCACACACAGAAGUCUUCAUCAGUCACCAGCAGAGAAGAGUGCAGUUAAUGCGGAUUCGUCAAAAGGAACAAAGAAGGGAAUGCCGGAAGAAAAAGAAGAAAAAGCCACAGCAACAGCCGCCACAGCAACAGAAGUACCACCACCCCCUUCAGACCAACCCUCGUCCCCCAAACCCUCCUCCCAAACUCCAGCAUCCAGAGCCCACCCACCGCCGGAAACCCAACACCAUUCGCCGCUUUGAUGGAGAUGUGCUUUCUCCGAGUUACAUCCAGAACUUCCGUGACAGACGUACGGACAGGAGGGGCUACUCUCAUGACAGGUUGAUUGGCGGCUCACAUGUUGUAGAUUUGGACUAGGCUCCCAAGUGCCCCUAACAGCCCAUACAGGCCCCGCAGUGAGAGGUUGACCCCGUACUCUUCACUGAACAGGAAUUGCACUGCACAAACCAUUCCGAGAACUUUGCGGCCGGAUCAAAUCUAGAGCAUGUGGUUACCUCAGCCGCCACAAUGGCUGACAUGACUUUCCUACCAAAAUCGAUUUGCUGUAUUCCCAUGCUAUAUUUUUGUUCAAAUCAUUUGCCUACAAAACAAUGUGGAACCACAGUAUGGCUCUGUUCUCCUUCUUUUAACUCCAUUAUAUAUUGCUGAAGAUGGUUGUGGUAUGUUUGUCUGCUCCUCCGAGGCUCAUCUUCCCAUAAUUGGGCUGCUGUUUCACUCCGUCCGAGAAGAAUGGUCUCAUGACCACAUCUGAAGAUGCAUUAUGUACAAUCUGAACUCGGGACCAAAUACGGCUUUGGCUUUUUUGCGACUAAACUGUCAUAAAGCAUGCUCGGAUUCUGCCAGGCAGACUAUUCGUAUAUCCAGUUUACAGACUCAAGCUUCCGUUCUCCUGUUCGUUUGUGACCUUUUAAAGAUGUUUCCGAUAACAUUAUGUUUACAGCACGGGCAGGGAGGUGUGUAUCGUUUUAUAACAGUUUCAAAUGGCUUUAUCUGCUCUGUGUCAGGGCCUACACAAAAUCUGUCAAACGUGUAUGGUGAACACAAUCUCUGUUCAAUCUGAGCCUAUUGCACAAGCGUGUAAUGAAAUGUUCUGUGCGUUUAUCAUUAGCCAGUGCAUGUGGGGAAAGUGCCACCAUUGCUUUUUGUGUUGUAGUUAUACAUGCUUAAUCUGUUUUUUAGUUGUUUUUUUCCGUUUAAGGCUUAGUAUCUAGAGACUGUUUGGGUGGCUCCCAGUUAAAUCUCAGGGGCUGUGGCAUUGAGAGGAGCCCUAACGAUGUAACUGUGACCACUAAGGGGUUUCGUGUGACUGAUUUAAGUGUCCUUGCCUACAAGAGAGAGUUUUGAAAGGGAUUAAAGAAAUGAAGGGUGGAAGAGAUUUACAGUGGUGGACUUCUCACAGAAAAAGAUGUUGUGUAUUUCUGUGUGUAGAACGCAUGAAAAGGAGAUAUAGACAGAGUGUGUCUGUAUUUGGAGUAUUUUGUGUGGCGUGUAUGAAUGUGUGAAAGCGUUUGUCAUACUGUGAGUCUGCAGCAGAUUGGCAGCAGGGUUAAGUCUUAAUUUCUGAUUUACCUUCAUAUUUGGAUGUGGGGUGAUUUCACACUCAGUUUCCCCACUGUAUUUAUCAGGGCUGUCGGAGCAAUGAAGAGUCAGUCUAAUCUUUUCCUCACUCUGAAGUAGUGAAAGGGCUCAAAGGCUUAAAUUCCUCUCUGUUUACUGUGUAUCUUUCAAAGUGACAGCUUGGCUCUCCUGUAAAUAUCUGUACAUUGUCUGAAUGUAAAUAUGCUUACAUUUCUGUUUUCUUGCUAGUGCUUUGGUUAAUUUUAUUAAUGUUUUUUUUCUCUCUAAUCAGUGGUUACAUCUGUGUGCUGAAGAACUGUCUUUUUGAAUUGUCCCAUUGAUGGUCAUUUGUAAUUAUAAUUUAUUUCUAAUUUAUUAGAUUAAGAUUUCAAGUGGAGCUCUGUGUGUAUUUAAAUUGAUGUUGACCAUUAUUAUUAUUCCUGAGCAUGUAUUUGUACAGUACUGAUAACCAUAAAUGAUGUGCUCCUGAAGUCAAGUACGUGUGUGUAUGUGUCCAUUUCCCUCUUAACAUUUAGCUGUUUAAAAAAAGAAGUUGGCAGAUAGAUGGCAAAGAACGUGGCGGUUGAUGCCUUUGAGGCACGGGGUGAAACAUAUUAAAUUGUGUGAACUAGUUACUGAUGGGAAUGCGCCAGCAAUAAAGACAAAACAUGCUCAAGUAGCUCUGUGAUGCACAGCAUAAUUUUCCAUUUCGAAAAUAAAUGUGCAUAUCCCUGCAGGGGUAGAAUUCAUUUACAUGGUGGAAAAUGAAAACUCCCAUUAAA